ACAAGCAUUUUCAUUGGCUAAAUCGGACCCGGAAGUGGACGUUCACAGGGAAAUCUCUUCUCAGGAGCUCUAUUACUCGGAAAUAAGCUAAUAAUCUUUUUUUUUAGCUAAAUAAAAUAAAGAAAGUCACUUUGCAAUUGCACCUUAGAGUUUCCGAGGAUGGGGUCUAAGGAUCUGAAACUCCUGGAUGUGUUUUCAUACGAGAGUCUCGUGCAUGCAGUCGCUGGUGCGAUGGGCAGUGUAACAGCAAUGACUGUUUUCUUUCCUCUUGACACAGCCCGGCUCAGGCUGCAAGUUGAUGACAAGCGGAAAGCCAAAUCUACCCCAGCCAUUCUGUCAGAGAUCAUCAAGGAGGAGGGUCUGUUAGCUCCAUAUAGAGGCUGGUUUCCAGUGAUCUGCAGCCUCUGUUGCUCAAACUUCGUCUACUUCUAUUGCUUCCAUAGUCUGAAGGCCACCUGGCUGCAAGGUCAGAGGUCAACACCAGGGCGAGACCUCAUAAUUGGCAUUGCUGCAGGUGUGGUGAAUGUUCUUGUGACCACUCCGCUCUGGGUAGUCAAUACCAGACUGAAACUGCAGGGGGCGAAAUUCAGAAAUGAAGACAUACAGCCCACACACUACAACGGAAUUAUUGAUGCGUUUGUACAGAUCAUGCAGCAUGAAGGAGUGGGCGCGUUAUGGAACGGGACGUUUCCCUCCCUGCUGCUGGUACUCAAUCCAGCUGUGCAGUUCAUGAUCUACGAGGGUCUGAAGAGGCAGCUCAUGAAGGGCGUCCACAGAGAGCUCUCCUCAGCGGAGGUGUUUCUUAUUGGAGCCAUUGCCAAGGCCGUUGCAACCACCAUAACCUACCCUCUACAGACAGUUCAGUCUGUUCUACGGUUUGGACAGCAUGGGCAGCCCACAGAUCAGUCUAAACUCCUGAACAGCCUGAGAUCUGUCAUGUAUCUGCUGAUCAAUAGAGUCAGGAAGUGGGGCGUGCUGGGUUUGUUUAAAGGCCUGGAGGCGAAGCUGCUUCAGACGGUCCUCACUGCCGCACUGAUGUUCAUACUGUAUGAGAAGAUCGCCAACACCACCUUCAGGCUCAUGGGGGUCAAACGCACAAUGACGGCCCACUGACCUCUCACAGGAUGCUAAUUAGCUCGCUGAUGUCAACUGAGUAUACCUGUGUUAUGGAAAAUGGUCAAUUGAUAUGUUUUUAUUUUUAAUUUUUUAUAAAUGAUCAAAAUAGACAGGAACAGUCAAAAAUUUUGACACACUUGACUCAGUUUGUGUUCUCUUGAUCUUUAAAACAUUUUGAUCUAUAGGCUUUGGUAAUUGAAAUAAAUAAAAUGUAAAUAUAAAUAUAAUAUAAAUAAGAAAAUAAAAUAUAAAUAUUAGGGGGAAAAUUAAAACGAAAAUUAGAAAUGUUGCUUUGGCAGCUAACUAAAGUAAAUAAUUAACUUGUAAGUACAAAAAUGACCAAAACUGAAAAAAAAAGAAGAAAAUAAAGCUACAUAGAAACCUAAAAAAAAAAUACACUAAUAUUGGAAUGAAGACUGAAAAUAUAAAACAGUAGCUAAUUUACAAUAUUAAUAAUGCUUUAUUAGUAUAUACAUUGUAGUAAAAUAACACUUCAUAGAUUACAAGGUUUACAGUAUAAACUAGAUAUCAAAUGUGGCUAUUUCAAGGAAGAUAAAAUAUGGAACAUUUUUGAUUUGUGAUCCCUUUUUUUUUUUUUUUUUUUUUUUUCAUUAUUUCAUAGUUUAAUGACUUUACUAUUAUUUGGAAAUUCUUAAGAAAACAGUAAAUGAAAGAGUAAGUGUGUCCAAACUUUUUGAUUGUGCAUUAAUAUAAAUAAUUUACAAUAGUACUGAAAUCAAACCCACUUAAAUAAUUAAUGCAAUAUGUACUAUUUAAUGCAAAAUUGCCUUAAUAGGUCAGUACCUUGGUCAGUAUUUCAUGUAGUUUUUUUUAAAGAAUAUUUCAUUUAAAAUAUGAACUGAUUUUGUUAAUGAAUCCCAAAAAAUCUGGACUUGUUUACAUAGUGUCAAAAAGAAAAUGAUGAAUGUGACGUGUCUGUUUUGUAAGAUCAUUGCUUUCAACAUUGGAACCUGAUCUUUGAUCAGCCUUCCUGCAAUUGAUACAGUUUACCGAAUGAAAACAACUUCCAGACUAGUUUUACUGGUUCUGUGUAGGUGAUACUUGAUUUUACUUGACAACACAAAGCCACUGAGAGUCUGAGACCGUAAUGAACCUUUAACCUAAAAAGUUUACAGUCUGGACAUAAAAAUAACUUUUUUUGUUCAAUCUUUCUUGAUAAGGGGAUGUAGAAUAACCAGUUAGUGAUUCAAUUUCACAAGAGUCAACACGUCUGAAUUGUGAAUGUUGCACACAGAAGGUUUAAGACACCGAGGCUCAAGUGCAUGCUUUAUGUACAGACUCAUGGGAAUCCAUUCUGAAAUUUAGGUAGUAAAAUAAUCUCUUUCAGCACUGAUGUUCACACUGUACUAGAGUGCAUACAGCUACAGUUAUGUAUGAAUGUAAAAUGUGGAUGUUUAUUAUUGAAUGUCAAUGAUUCUAUUAACAUUAAUUACAAUAUUUAUUAAUAAUCACACACCAAGGGUCAGUCGGAUGAUUCAAAAUAUAAAUAAUUUAGAUUAUUCAUUAAUGACUACUUACCAUAGAUUUUAUAAUUGGUGUCACAUAAAAGUUGUAUAAUAUGUUUCUACAAUAAAAUAAUUUAUCAAUGAUAAUGUG